AGAACCCCUACCUUAUCGACACCAACUGACUCAUGUCAAAAAACACGCGAUUUUUUGGAGCCCUUUUUUUUUCUACCGAAAAGUGUCGAGCUUAUCUACCGAAACUCGAUUUUCGGACCUGGCAACCCUGGCCAUAUCAGUCUAUGACUGACUAUGACGAAAGCACGACAGCAAAGCAGUGGUUUUUCCUUUUGUCGGCGGCCGACGUUGUUUACCAAUCUGUUUACGUUUGGUAUCCAAGGAAAUAGGUAUCUACAGCUACCUACUUAUUUGGUCGAUAUCGCGGCAUUUAUGACAUUUGCCGUUAAUGUGACAUACGCGUUUUUCAUUUAACGCGCUCCACAGAGAUGGAUCAAAAGAAGGUGGAUUCUCUAACUACCAUCGCAACCAAAAGACAGGACUCGCAGACGUCACUGCCGGAUCAACUCUUGAUUAAGUCGGCUACAUCAUCGAAAAGCUCCUUAGAACCCAAAUGGAGAAUUUCACGCACAAAUAUUGCGCCGAUCAAACAUCUUCGAGAGAAAACGAAAACAAUCCCCGAAGUAAAGAAACGGUACUUUACGGCAGGAUACGGAAUAACCAAGUCCAAAAUGAGAAACCUGGAUAAAGAGCCUCCACCGUUUUGCUACCCCCAAGAUCUGGAAGAGUUUGCUCACAAGGUGAUGACUAAAGCCUGGAGAAACAAUAUUCGGGUGAAAGAGCUGAUAGGGAAAUGUUCGGAAAAGCCCAGCCACAAGGACAGACAGAGCAAGGAUCUGCUACAGCGCCUUUAUGUGGAACAGCCCGCUAUUCAGACUAUGAAGUCGAUUCUCGACAUUGCACCAGAGUACUUCAAGGUUGUGGAAGGCAGACCAAUACCAGAUAGGCUGGACAUCAGAAAGUACAUCGAUGUGGUUCGUGAUACAUUGCGAACUAAGAUUGUAAACGGAUACCGGGAGGAUGACAUAAUGCUUAUAGAGGAAAACUUGCUACUGGAGCAGAAGGUCAUAGAGUCUAUCAAAGAGAAUUAUAAUCAGUAUGUGAACGCCUUCGAGGAAUUCUUGUAUAGAGACCACACAUCAUCUAUGCAAUUAUUGAAGGAAUCCGAGCAAGCUGCCAGGGGAGCUUACGACAAAUAUGAAGAAUAUAAAGCAGUGGCAAAAAAAUAUGGCGCAGUCCGCUCGUCACUGUAUAACUCAGAAGAAAAGUGGCGCAACUGUCAAAUGUACGAGAAAUUUUUAUUCCUGGUCAGUCCGUUCAACUGGCGGUAUCAACGUCGAGGAGCGACAAAAGCCGCCACAACCUCACCAAAUGAAUGCAAUGAAGACUUAGAGGAAAAUUUGUUCGGAAAGUACCGCCUGUCUGUGGCUGAAAAAGAAGUGUCCUUAAAUGACCUGAUUUUGAAGUUCAAUCAGGAGUACCAGGAGAGCCUACCGCCCGAAUUAUAUUUUACUAAUCCUGAACAGCUUUUGGACGUUUUCCGAUUCAUGGAAAUGCAGAACCUCAACUCGCUGCUACACUCUGAAGAGCUGGCCCUUCCGUUGGAACAGGUCAGAGAGGGAAUGAGGCGAGCCGCAGAAAUGUUUGACGACGAAAUCACCAGCUUGAGAGACAGUAUCGAUAAACUCGAAGGAGGUAUCAGUUGGGAAGAAGAAAGAGCCAAAUACCUGGAGGACCUGGCCCUGAAGUUGAUAGGCAACGAAUUUAAGAAGCUGGUAAUGGACGACGAAGUGUUGAAUUUGCACGUGUUUGUUGAAGAAGUAUAUGAAACCAGAAUCGGACCCAAUGACGCCAAUCUCAGCAUGGAAGACAUGAUGCGGUCUAUUGAAGCGCGAUACCGACACGAACUUCUGGCCCUGGACAAGGUCCCGGCCGAUCAAGUGGCCUUAUUGGAAAGCGGAUGCUAUGCAGAACAAAUGAUGGUGAUGCGAUUGGCGGAGAGGGCUGCGAAACAAUACGCCGAGCUGGAGCAACUCACCCACAAGCUGAACCGGGCCUUUGCGCCACCUUUUCAAAAAGACGAAGGUAAAGUGCCUAAAAAGCGCUCGCCGCCUCACAAACAGCGUCACCAGUUGGCACCUCCUCCGAGAGAGCUGACUUCUAGUGAGGCUGAAUAUCUCGAUUUUUUCACCGACUUUUGCCAGUACAACGAUGAUCCGCAAGAUUACGGUAUUAACACGGCAUUUAGACGAAAACUAAAUGCAGCCAUUCCAGCACCCGAUAAUGACAAGUAACUUACAUAAUGCUGAAUAAAGAGAUUAACGACU